AUGUAUGAAGAGGGCGAAUAUUUUGCGAAAUAUCAUCGUAUCAAAUUCAUCGAAACGUCGGCCGUGACAGGAGAAAAUGUUGAGGAAGCGUUCACAAUGAUGGCGCGUGAGGUGAAUGCACGUUUGGAAAGCGGAGCCUUACGAUUGGUAGACGGCUGGGAGGGUAUAAAAUGUGGAUUGGCCAGGUCAAAGUCAAUCUCAUUAUCCGAUGUAUCCGAGUCGUUUGCACCGUCAUCUUGUUCGUGUUAA